UGCGUGGUGUCCAAGAGGUUCCGCAAGAACUACAUCCACCGCUUCACGGCCACCAGCUCGUUCUUCGUGUUCUCGCCGUGGCACCGCCUGCGGCGAGCCUGCAUCUACGUCUCCACGAACCAGUUCUUCGACUAUGUCGUCAUGACCACCAUCCUGCUCAACUGCGUCUUCCUGGCCAUGACGGAGACUGUGGAGGAGGCGGAAUACAUAUUCCUGGCCAUAUACACCGCGGAGAUGAUCAUCAAGUCCGUCGCCAAAGGUUUCAUUCUGAACAAGUACACGUACCUGAGGAACCCGUGGAACUGGCUGGACUUCGUGGUGAUCACGUCGGGCUACGCCACCAUCGGCAUGGAGGUGGGCAACCUGGCCGGCCUGCGCACCUUCCGGGUGCUGCGCGCUCUCAAGACAGUCUCCAUCAUGCCAGGCCUGAAGACCAUCAUCAACGCACUGCUCCACUCGUUCCGCCAGCUCGCCGAGGUCAUGACGCUCACCAUCUUCUGCCUGAUGGUGUUCGCGCUGUUCGCCCUGCAGGUGUACAUGGGCGAGCUGCGCAACAAGUGCGUGCGGCGCGUCGACGGCGAGAACGUCUCGCACCAGGACUGGCACGCAUGGGUGUGGGACGAGGACAACUGGCUGAUCAACGACCACGGCGAGCCUGUGCUGUGCGGCAACACGACAGGAUCUCGGCACUGUCCUCAGGGAUUCUUCUGUGUUCAGGUUGGCGAGAAUCCAAACCACGGGUACACCAGCUUCGACAAUUUCCUCUGGUCCAUGCUCACUACGUUCCAGCUCAUCACCCUCGACUAUUGGGAAAAUGUGUACAACAUGGUUCUUGCAUCGUGCGGACCUAUGAGCGUCGUAUUUUUUACUGUAGUUGUUUUUUUCGGUUCAUUUUAUUUGAUAAACCUGAUGUUGGCUGUGGUAGCUUUAAGUUACGAAGAGGAAGCUGAAAUCACGCAGGAGGAGCGGCGCAAGGACCUGACGGACCACCGCGACGACUCCACCUUCAGCUUCGACCCCUCCAAGAUCCACGUGAAGCAGCUGGAGCGCAACAAGCGCAAGAAGCUGGACUCGCGCAAGGGCGUGCUCAUCUCUUCCUACUCGCGCAAGAAGACGCGCCGCAGGAAGCGCGCGCGGGGCGGCUCCGGCGACAAGGGCGAGCCGGCGGCGGCGGCGGGGGGCGGCGCGCGCAGUCGCUCCGCCACGCCGUCCCCGCGGCCCGAGGCGCGGCCGCAGACCCUGGCCGUGCAGCCGCCCCCCGCCCCCCUCAAGACGCCGCCCAACGUGCUGGGGCUGCCGCUGCGGGGCCAGCUGCUGUCCUCGCGCCAGCCCAGCAGCAACAACAGCGAGAACCGCGAGUCCUCGCUGGACGACUCCGGGGUCGUGGACGACCACGAGGAGGGCGACCUCACCUCCGAGGAGGUGGCGCACAUCCCCAGCGCGGUGCAGAAGGUGGAGCCGGUGACAGUGGCCGUGGGGGCCAGCGAGAUACGUGUCGUCAAGUGCAACGGCGUCUCACCCUGCCAGGGCAAUAAGCAGCACAUGUACACGCUGCCCUCGGACUACCUGUCGCACAUCGUUGUACUCGAUGACCUGGUGGACCGCAACUGCGACAAGUGCACGCAGUGCUGCGUGGACUACGAGGGUUGGCUGCGUUUCCAAUGCGGCCUGUAUAAGGUGGUGCGAGACCCUCUCUUCGACCUGCUCAUCACGCUGUGCAUCGUGCUCAACACCAUGUUCCUGGCCAUGGAGCACCACGGCAUGAGCGAAUCGGUGCGUCAGGCGCUCGACAUCGGGAACAAGGUUUUCACGUCAAUAUUUUCACUGGAGUGCUUCCUCAAACUUCUGGCUUUGAGCAAAGAGUAUUUUGCUUGCGGCUGGAAUAUUUUUGAUCUCAUUAUUGUGUCUGCGAGUUUAUUAGACCUUUCAUUUGAAUUAGUUGAUGGUCUGUCUGUUCUCCGAGGACUUCGUUUGUUACGUGUUUUGAAACUGGCGCAGUCGUGGACAACGAUGAAAGUUCUUCUUAGCAUUAUCAUUUCAACCAUCGGUGCUUUAGGAAAUUUGACGUUUGUGUUAGUGAUAGUGAUUUAUAUAUUUGCCGUAAUAGGAAUGCAGUUGUUUUCUAGGGAUUACACUGAUGACAAAUUUGCACCAGAUCCGGUGCCAAGAUGGAAUUUCAAUGAUUUCUUCCAUUCGUUCAUGAUGAUAUUUCGUAUUUUGUGUGGAGAGUGGAUAGAGCCGCUUUGGGACUGCAUGAGAGCAGAGUCUAAAGAGGGUCCAGAGACGUGUUUCUUUAUUUUUUUACCUGCGCUAGUGAUGGGUAAUUUCAUGGUGCUUAACCUCUUCUUGGCUUUGUUACUCAACAGCUUCAAUUCUGAAGAACUGAAGUCAAAAAAAGAGGAGGUGGGGGAGGAGUCGAAGCUGGCGCUGAGCUUCGAGCGCCUGCGCGCCAUCGUGCGCAAGCGCAGGCGGCCGCAGGAGCGGGCGGACAACGAGCAGAACUCGCGGCUGGAGGAGAUGGUGCGCGAGGUGCUGGACGGGCGCGCGCCCGAGGUGACCGAGGUGACUGAGGUGGCCCAGAAGACCGAGAAGACGGCCGACGAGGCGCCCCGGGUGCUGGUGAGGCAACAGGCCUUCGAGGCUGCCGCGAGCCCGCAGCCGCCGCGCGCCGCGCCCCGGAGGCCCCUCGCCCUCCUCGCGCAGUCCAGCAGCAAAGACGAGUCGAACGCGGAGGAAAGCAUCGAGCUGGAGGUGCUGGACAAGCCGGGCGGAGAGGCGGACAGCAUGCUGCAGGCGGGCGGGGAGGCGCCCCGCAGCCCCGCCAAGCGGCCCUGGCACGCCCUGGUCUCCUACGUGGACGAGCUGACGGUGGGCGGGCGCCGUGACUCGCAGGGCCGCUACGUGGACGGCAUUGGCAGCUUCCCCGGCUUCGGCCGCAACAAGACUGUAAAGGUGCCUCAGGAGUGCUUCCCGGUGCACUGCUACGAGAGGUGCGCGUGCUGUGAUCAGUGUCUGGAGACUCGGUGCGGCAAGAAGUGGAUGGCUGUGCGGACUAGCGUGUUAUCGGUCGUCGACACGCCCAUGUUCGAGUGGUUCAUUCUAGUGCUCAUUUUCGCGUCGAGCAUCACGUUGUGCUUCGAAGACAUCUACCUGGACGAAAACAAGACUCUGAAAAACAUUCUGUACUGGACAAACCUGGCGUUCUGUGUUGUUUUCAGCAUCGAGAUGUUGCUCAAGUGGGUAGCGCUCGGUUUCUGGAAGUACUUUACGAGUUUUUGGACGAUAUUAGACUUUAUCAUUGUGUUCGUCUCAGUGUUCAGCUUGCUGAUAGAGGAGAACGAGAACCUGAAGGUGCUCCGCUCUCUGCGGACACUGCGCGCUCUGAGGCCGCUGAGGGCCAUCUCCAGGUGGCAGGGCAUGAGGAUAGUGGUUAACGCCCUCAUGUACGCAAUACCUUCGAUUUUCAACGUGCUCCUGGUCUGCCUUGUAUUUUGGCUGAUAUUCUCGAUCAUGGGAGUUCAGUUCUUUGGCGGGAAGUUCUUCAAGUGCGUCGACGAGGAAGGAGAGCUUCUACCGGUAGAUGAAGUAGCCCAUAGGAUGGAAUGCCUUGAGUUGAACUACACUUGGGUGAAUUCCAAAAUAUCAUUUGAUAAUGUUGGAAACGCAUAUCUUGCAUUAUUUCAAGUGGCUACGUUCGAGGGCUGGAUGGAGGUGAUGGCGGAUGCAGUGGACGCACGAGGCGUCGACCUUCAACCUCAACGGGAGGCGAACCUCUAUGCCUACCUCUACUUUGUCAUAUUCAUUGUGUGCGGCUCCUUCUUUACGCUCAACCUCUUCAUUGGUGUAAUCAUCGACAACUUCAACAUGCUCAAGAAGAAGUACGAAGGCGGUGUGCUGGAAAUGUUCCUGACGGAGAGCCAAAAACACUACUACACUGCGAUGAAAAAACUUGGGCGGAAGAAGCCACAGAAGGUUAUCAAGCGGCCGAGGAAUCAGUUUCUUGCAAUGUUCUACGACCUUUCUAAUUCCAGGCGGUUCGAAAUAGCCAUAUUCGUGCUGAUAUUCCUGAACAUGCUGACGAUGGGCAUAGAGCACUUCAACCAGCCUCACGCCAUCUUCUUCGUGCUGGAGGUCAGCAACGCCUUCUUCACCACCGUGUUCGGCCUGGAGGCGCUGGUGAAGAUCAUCGGGCUGCGCUACCACUACUUCACCGUGCCGUGGAACCUGUUCGACUUCCUGCUCGUGGUCGCCUCCAUCCUCGGCAUCCUCAUGGAGGACAUCAUGAUCGACUUCCCCGUGUCGCCCACGCUGUUGCGCGUCGUCAGGGUGUUCCGCAUCGGCCGCAUCCUCCGACUCAUCAAGGCGGCGAAGGGCAUCAGGAAACUGCUAUUCGCGCUCGUGGUGUCGCUGCCGGCGCUGUUCAACAUCGGAGCGCUGCUGGCCCUCAUCACCUUCAUCUACGCCAUCAUCGGCAUGUCCGUGUUCGGCCACGUGAAGCAGCAGGGCGCGCUCGACGACAUGGUCAACUUCGAGACCUUCGGCCGCAGCAUGCAGCUGCUGUUCAGGCUGAUGACGUCAGCCGGCUGGAACGACGUGCUGGAGUCGCUGAUGGUGCAACCGCCACACUGCGACCCGCACUUCCGCAGGCAGCCCAACGGCAACUGCGGGUCACCGCUGCUGGCCAUCACCUACUUCACCAGCUUCAUCAUCAUCAGCUACAUGAUCGUCAUCAACAUGUACAUCGCCAUCAUCCUGGAGAACUUCAACCAGGCGCACCAGGAGGAGGAGAUCGGCAUCGUCGAGGACGACCUGGAGAUGUUCUACAUCCGCUGGUCCAAGUUCGACCCGCACGCCACGCAGUUCAUCCGCUUCACGCAGCUGUCCGACUUCAUCGCCAGCCUGGAUCCGCCGCUCGGCAUCCCCAAGCCCAACACCGUGGCGCUGGUGAGCUUCAACCUGCCCAUCGCGCGCGGCAACAAGAUCCACUGCCUUGACAUCCUGCACGCGCUCGUCAAGUACGUGCUGGGGCACGUCGAGGAGUCGGACGAGUUCCGCAAGCUGCAAGACCAGAUGGAUGUCAAAUUCAAGAAGCAGUUUCCAACGAGGAAAGAACUAGAAAUAGUGUCGUCGACAAGAAUAUGGAAGAGACAAGAUAAAGCAGCCAGGCUGAUACAGUCAACCUUCCGGGAAUACUUGGCGCGCAAGCGGGAGAGCGAGCGCGAGCCGCUCGACCUGGAGGACGAGACCACGCAGACCUCGAGCCCGGGCGGCGGCUGGCAGAGCCGGCUGUCCGCCUUCCUGCACGUGCACCGCGGCAGCCGCGCGUCCUCGCGCAAGUCCUCGCGCGCCUCCGACGCCAGCGACGCCUCGGAGCUGGGCGGGCCCUGGCUCAACCUGCCGCUGCUGUUCCUGUCCGCCGCGCAGCCGCCCGGCCUGCUGGGCGACGAGCCGGAGGCCGCGCGCGUCUGCAUCACCGUCAGCGAGGCCAGCCCCGACGCGGCGGGCGCGCCGGCCGACGCCGUCAGCAUCAUGGUGACCCGCCCCUCGCCCGACGAGCCAGACUCGCCCUCCUCGCCGCCCGCCGCCCCCGGCGCCGCCCCCCUCGACCUGCACCCGCUGGGGCUGUGCCCCGGCGGCCCCACGCUGUCCGUGUUCCCCGCCGCGCCGGCACGGAGGCCCGCCUCGGAGAGCGAGACAGGGCCGGUCGAGCCGCACCCCGUGCGCGUGGGGCUGGGCUCUGCGCUGUCGCUGUGCCCCGCGCCCGAGCGCCGCCCCCGCCAGCGCUCCGAGGCGACCCCGCCGCCGCCGCGCCGCCGCUCCCGCCCCCGCGCGCGGCUCGCCUCCGACCCCACGCUGGUGCGCGCGCUCGUGCACCGCGAGUCGGAGGAGUCGGCCGACGACAAGGCCAGCUGAUGGGAGCCCGGGUAGCCUGGACCGCGCUGUCCGGCGAGCAACUACCGUGCAAUCAGAACUACCACACCCUCGCGGGACUUCGUCAUUGUUGCAUUGUUAACCAGUUCAAUCACGUCGCUCCGGCUGAACCCACUCGGAGAGGCAGUUGGAGCUUUGGCUGCGGUGAUGUGUUGCUUAAGUAUGAUUGGUUCGUUGCCGCCUGAAGGCGACAGAUAUUUUCAGGCUUUGACUUGAAAUAUAUUUAGUUGUUUUAAUUUUUGAAAGAAUAAAUAAUUCGUAUGCAAAACAUUAUAGUAAAAUGUGAUGAAUAUCGGUUGAUUUGCUAUGCAAACGUAUAUUGUAGAAUCUUUUUUUUUUUUUUUUAGAAAACGUUUUGUUUUAAAAAAAUAGUUUUUAAAAUUUGCAAAGAAAAUUGAAGCAGUUACAUUAUAUGGUUCCAACAAUGCAUGGUUAAAAUUGCUUUACAUUUUAUUGUAUAAAAAUAAAUGCCAAUCAGCAUUGACAAUAUUGUUACAGUAACAAACGAAAUUUUAUUGGAAUUGAAGGCCUAUUGUAGUUUUAAAGAUUUUAAAUCAUAGCAUAUCUGACGUGCGCUGUGUUAUUCAUGAAGCUACAACCUACAGUAGAAGUCAUGUAAUAUAAAUUGCCAUCGUUUUUAGUAGUAUUAAAAGAGUUGUUAAUAAUAAUGUUUAAAAAUAUCCAGAGUAAUUUAUAAAAUCAAAUCAUAGGUUUAUAAAUAUAUUUGACAUUGGUACUGAAUAUUAUUGGUUUCAGAGCAGCACAAAAUUGCAUAUAUAUAAAACAUUUACCAUAGUUAUCGUUGAAGAAAUUAUUUUCGUUAUGAUGGAAGUAAAAGUAGUUAAAGUAACGUUACCAAUCUAACAUAAACUUUAUACACAUAUAUUUUACAAGUAGUUUCCUAUUAUUAUUAAAAAAAUAUAUGUGAUUUUUCGAUACAGAGUUUUUACUAAAACAUCGAAUAUUUUUCACUUCACGAUUAAUUAAGUUGCUUAAAUUAUAUGCACGUCUUUUAAUUUAUAACGGACAUAUACAAAUAAUGCCAGUAAAAUAUAAAACCUAAGAUUUUUUCAUUAACAUUAAUGAAACAAAACAGUGUAAAAUGUCUUACACUCAGAAAUAAAAAUAAAAAACUAAAUACAAAUAAAAAAGUUUUAAAACUCCUACUCUCAGAGUUACAAAAAUGUUUCGUGUACAAGAUGAUGUUUGAAAAAUAAAUGUUACUAAAAUUUCAGUUAUAAUAUAUAAAUUAUUUCUUAUUCAAAAACUUAAGGUGUUUAAUGUUAAGUUUCACUAAACUUUCAGCUGAAUAAUGAUACAGAUACUUUAACCCUUUCAUCUAAAUUUAAGAGCUAAGGUUAAAAAAAUGCAGAUAACAUUAGUUUAUUAUGGACCUGAAUGUUUGUUAUUAGUGAUGAGUUUUUAUUUCAGUAUGCUUUUUAAAAAAAUAUAUGUGAUUUUUUUUAACAAACAAAAUGGGCCUAGUUAAGAAUAAAAGUUAUAAUGAUUCUGCUACACAAAAUUUCAAAUAGUUAAAAUUCACUUUAACUUCUAAUACGUCAGGUCCUUAAUUCUGUAUACGUUUUCUAUGGUUAUUUAUUUUUAUGACAAGAUGGAAAAUCCUCUGAUCUUCGAAAAUACUAAAAACCACAGUUUGUCAAAUAUUUAUACAAGCAAAAAUGUUUGAAUCAGAUACUUUAGCAAGAUUAAGGGUGAAGUUUUGGACAGAACCAAAAAAAGGGUUAGACGUUGUAAGGAGAUCCAUGUAUUCAUUGCAAACGAAUAUUGAAAAGGAAAAACUCCAAAAAUAGAGUUGAUAGCCAAGUACCGAAAGCUUUAGUUUUCUUCUGAGUUUUAUUAAUAACAAAAACUUCACUGCAAAGUUUGGAUUAAAGAGCUCGCUUUCACAUGAAAAUGGACUUUCAAACUGCAGAACAUUUUUGUAGCGUCUUCUUGCCUGUGGAUUUUGCUUCAGCUUUGUUACUUACACGUCACUAUCUAAUCACAUUUUUAAAAUGCAACAUGUGCACCAUGCGACACUAAGUUAUAGUGUUCAUCGUCGCUAUCCAUUUUCCACGUUAAUAGAUUGCUGUUGCUUCAAUAUUUAAAAUGUGGCUAAGAAACCUUCUUACAUUGACAUGCGCAUUAAAGGAGCCACUGCGCCCAUGGUAUUUUAUUUUUACGCGGUGUAUCAUUACUUACUAAACAUAGAACGAACACGCUCCGGAUGAUCGUGAAAUAUAUUUUUGAAGUUUUUUACUGAAAACUAUUUUACGGGAUACUAGCACUUACCUACCAACGAUGACCCAAAUAUAGUUUGUUGACAGCGAGAUACAAGCCUUGCUUCUUACCACUGCGUAUUGUGCAGACGUGACCCCUAGCUGACGACACUACCUCUCAUGGCCAGUUGUCCCAUAAGAGUUGAAGCGUGAUCUCCUUUUAUCAUAAUUAUGGUGCACCGUUAUGUUUUAAGCGCUGAACGAAGUUCAUUGGGAUCUUUAAGAUGAAUUGUUUAAUCUGACGAGACAUAGCGAUGAUCUCGGAUCGACAUAUUGCGAGCAGACAUGUCCGUAAUUGGUACGCACUUUGUGCAGGUUGCAUUGGUGUUCACUCUUAAAUAUUCAAAAUAAUUUACAAAAUAUAAGAUUAAAUUUAAUGCAUACAUAAACUCGCUGUUUUUUCUAGAUUGAUAACCACUUUCCACAUUAAAUAUUUUACGUUUCUAAAAUGCUCGUUAUUUUAAUUUAAUGCAUUUUUUUUUUUAGUUUGUCAACAUUACUUUUUAUACUAAAUACUAGCGGCAAAAUAGAAUAAUUCUAUUCACAUUUCAGACAGUUUCAUUCAUAGCUUUUUAUACUGGAAUAAUUUUUAAGUUGUAAUAAAAAUCAAGGAAUGCGAGGCAGCAACAGCAUAAAUAAAGUGCUAUCUUUUGGCACCCGCAAAAUUUAUUGCGCGCCAUUCUACAAUCGUUAAAAUAGACUAUAAAUAUUUCCAGCCCACCAACAGUAAUGGACAUAAAAUUUCUUCGACGCUGUGGCAAACGGUUGCCUAAGGUAAAUAUGUAUAAACUUUGUUUCACGCGAGCGAAAUUUAUGUAACGCCAGCAUGUGAUGACGCAACGUUUUGGAGAAUAAUACUUUUUUUUCCUUGAACUAACUAUGAUUACUGGAUCGCAUAUCAAAGAGCAGAAUGGUUCAACUGGCCAGACUUUUGACUACAAUUUUGCCUUGCCUAGCCAUUGAAUGCACAGCGCGAAACUGACUCGUUUGUGAUCUAAAUUGGGAAAUACUUUGUUUUGCAAGCAUAUUGUGUUGAUUAAAAUAUGAGGGAGUCAUAAUUGAUGUUAAAUCUUCGUGUGAGAUUUUAAAACACAAGUUAGUUAUUAAAUUUAAGUAAAGUCACAUUAACAUUUUGUAACGGCAUUAUCAUACCUAAGUUACAAUUAAAAGUUUGCGUUUGUUUUAAUGGAAAUAAAAUAUUUAUGUAUUUUUUUUGUUAUAUGGACAAUGAGAAAAUUGUAUGGCAUUGCCAAUUCCAGUGCUGAACACAUUACAAUUUUUUUAAUUUGUUAAUUUAAUUUGUUAACUCUGAGAGUAUUGUCAUUAAACAUUUUUAUCAAUGUUACUAGCAUUAUUUCAUGUUCAUCUCUCAGAAUUUUCAUAUUCACUCAGCAGUGAUGUAUGUAAACUACCUGAUAGUUUCAUUUGAUAAUUGGCACCAGCAGUGGCUAAGAAUGGAAAAAUGGUACCUUAUUUUUAUUGGACAACAUAUUUUUGUAAUAAUUUAAUUUUUUAAUACAAUUUAAAUUUUUGUAAUUUUUUUUUACCUUAUUAACAUUCAAGAGGUCUUUUUCGUUAUUGCCAAACAUGUAUUUGCCUACUCAAAGAAGGAUUCAAUGUAAUGAAUUAGAAACAUAUAUAUUUUAAGAGAGGAUAACUGAAUAAAGAUAAAAGUUGUGUCAUUGGUAAUACAUAACGUAAAAUAUAAAUUUACUUAAAGUUUAUAAUUACUAGUUUCUUUAAUUUGAUCAUGCUUUAACAUUAUUCGUUUUGAAGUAUUUUUCUAUACAAUAUUUAAAAAAUAAUUAAGUAUUUGAAAAUAAAAACCAACAAAAUUUGUAAAAUGUUGCAUCUUUUUUUAUAAAAAGUAUAUUUAUUGAGUGAAAGAGCUCGCUGAGCUGACAAAAAAGAAAAAGAAUUUUAACAAAUGCUGUGUUCCAUAAUGUAAAUUAUUAGAAGAAAAAA